UAAUGCAACGGUUGGUAAAAAUUUUUAAAGUGCGCGUAGUGCAAAGGCAAACAUCUUAAAUAAAUACAAAAAUUAAGUGCAUUUUUGGGCCGAAAAAUUUUCAAUUCUCUACUUUAGUGCUUCGCUGGAAAUAUGUAUGCUAGUUUUUAAAUUGUGAAAAUUUACUUCAAUGAAAAUUUCUUUGGUGCAUUUAAUUUUCGCGCUACUUUGCGCCAUCGCCCACACCGCCGACCGGCCACAAUUCAAUGUCGGAAUAAUUUUCGCUAGUAGAAAUGAUGACACCGAAAUCGCCUUCCUCACCGCCAUCGAACGCGCCAAUGUAGUUGAGCGCAGCUUCGAAUUGGUGCCCAUUGUGGAGUACGCCAAUACCGAUGAUAGUUUUAUUGUGGAGAAAACAGUCUGCAAAUUGAUUGCGCAAGGCGUUAUUGCUAUUUUCGGGCCCAACACAGCAGGCGGUACAGACAUAGUUACCAACAUAUGCAACACGCUCGAUAUACCGCACAUAGUUUUCGAUUGGUCGCCCAGUGAGUCGCUUUCCGAUCGCGAGCACACUUCCAUGACACUCAAUGUGCAUCCGAAUAAUAUUUUGCUUUCACGCGGCAUGGCUGAGAUAUUACAAAGUUUCAAUUGGCGCAGUUACACCAUCGUCUAUGAAACGGAAAAGGAGCUGCAACAAUUACAAGACGUGCUGCAGGUGGGUGAACCCGAAAAUAAUCCAACAACGUUACGCCAAUUGGGUGAGGGCCCCGAUUAUCGUCCAUUUCUGAAGAAUAUAAAAUUGUCUAGCGAUAACUGUAUGAUACUGCACUGCGCGACGGAGAACAUUUUGAGCGUUUUAAGGCAAGCUGAUGAGUUAAAAAUGUUGGGUGAAUAUCAGAGCGUUUUCAUCACCGCACUCGACACACACACACAGGACUUCAAAGAAUUGCUCUCAGUUUCAGCCAAUAUUACCACUAUACGAUUAAUGGAUCCCACCGAUUAUAAGGUGAAGAAUGCGGCACAUGAUUGGGAGGAACGUGAAAACCGUGAGAAACGUUAUUAUCGUGCUGACCCAUCAGUAGUUAAGACAAAUAUGAUCUUGGCUAAUGAUGCUGUUGCCAUGUUUGCAAAAGGGCUUGCUGAGCUGGAUAUUGUCGAGAAGCUUAGUCCACCGAAAUUGGAGUGUCGUAAAAACCGCGCUUGGCCGCAUGGGAAACGCAUCAUUGAGUUCUUGAAAGCGCGUCCCCUAGAAGGCGCCACAGGUCGCAUCGGUUUCAACCAGCACGGCGAACGAAACUUCUUUACUCUACGCUUUAUGGAAUUCACACCCAGUGGUUUUCUGGAAUUAUCUACUUGGGAUCCGGUAAAUGGCUUAGAUUCAGUUGAAAAAGAGGAUGCCAGUGAGAAGCGUGUAGGUGAGAAGCUUUCGAAUAAAACUUUCAUAAUCACGUCGCGUAUUGGUGCGCCUUUCUUGUUGGAUCGAGAGCCAAAAGAUGGCGAAAUACUUCAGGGCAAUGCGCGUUAUGAAGGCUACUCAAUGGAUUUAAUUGAUGCCAUAGCCAGACUGCUGAAUUUCAAAUAUGAAUUCGUGUUAGCGCCAGAUGGUAAAUACGGUAGUUUUAAUAAACUAACUGAAAGCUGGGAUGGACUGGUGAAGCAGCUUUUGGAUGGCAAUGCCGAUCUGGGCAUUUGCGAUCUGACCAUGACCUCAGCGCGUCGCCAAGCUGUCGACUUCACACCACCCUUCAUGACACUGGGCAUUAGUAUCUUAUACGCUAAGCCCGAGCAGCAACCGCCAGAUCUAUUCUCUUUCCUCUCACCAUUUUCUUUGGAUGUAUGGGUUUAUAUGGCCACCGCUUAUUUGGGUGUGUCGCUAUUGAUUUUCGGUCUAUCACGCAUGGCGCCCGCAGACUGGGAGAAUCCACAUCCCUGCAAGGAACCAGAAGAGGUGGAAAAUCCUUGGUGCAUGUCGAAUACGACAUGGUUGGCAGUCGGCUCCAUCAUGGGUCAGGGAUGUGAUAUAUUGCCUAAAGCUGCUUCGACACGCCUCGUUACCGGCAUGUGGUGGUUCUUUGCCUUGAUGAUGUUGAACUCCUAUACCGCUAACUUGGCUGCCUUUUUGACAAUGUCGAGGAUGGAGAGUUCGAUUAAGAGCGCCGAAGAUUUGGCGACUCAAAGUAAAAUUAAAUAUGGCACUUUAUUGGGCGGCAGCACAAUGGGUUUUUUUCGGGACUCCAAUUUCACCACCUAUCAACGCAUGUGGACUGCCAUGGAAACAGCUCGUCCUUCGGUAUUUACCAAAAAUAAUGACGAAGGCAAGGAUCGCGUACUCAAGGGCAAGGGACUUUAUGCUUUUCUAAUGGAGUCGACUACACUGGAGUAUAUAAUUGAACGUGAUUGUGCUCUAAUGCAAGUGGGCGGUUGGUUGGACUAUAAAACCUAUGGCAUUGCAAUGCCGUUUAAUUCCCCAUAUCGCAAGCAGAUUAGCGGCGCUGUGUUGAAGCUUGGUGAAUCGGGUACGCUGUCCGAAUUGAAGCGCAAAUGGUGGAAGGAGAUGCAUGGCGGUGGUUCGUGUUCGCAAACGGAGAGCAGCAGUGAUGACACUCCCGAAUUGGAUUUGGAGAAUGUGGGUGGUGUAUUCUUGGUGCUGGGCAUUGGUCUACUCACUGCUAUUCUUAUCGGGAUGUGUGAAUUUUUGUGGAACAUUAAAGCGGUAGCGAUUGAAGAAAAGAUCUCUCUCUCGGAGGCCUUUCAAUCUGAACUCUUAUUCGCCUUACGCUUCUGGAUACAAACUAAACCAGUACACAUCGCAUCGACCAGUAGUGGCGGUUCUUCCUCCUCCUCAUCCUCCUCGUCCAAGUCUUCCAAGUCCACUAAAUCGUCCUCUUCCUCCUCCACCUCAUCAAAGCGCUCUAAACACUCAUCAAAAUCCUAUGCCCGCUCCUUCUCUCACAGCUCGAAAAGUAUCACGAAUGACAAGCACGAUCAGGAGAAGGAUAGGUUGUCUGUGCAUGAUAAGCUGCGUAAGAUCAGCUCUAUGUUUUCACUGAAGUCUGCACGAUCCGAACCAUCUGUGAAUAACAUACACUUAGAAGCGCAACCAGCAUUGAAAAGCAACGAUCACCACCCCAACAAUCACAAUCAUGCCACAAUUCGCAAGAGCACGCAAAUGGUACGCGAGGUGGCUCAGCAGACGACACCAAUCUCAGAUGAGCAGUCGGAUGAGGAAGAGGAGAAGGAACAACAGCAGCAGCAGGAGGAGGUGGAAGAGCAGCCAGUCGAGCAGUCAGCACCGCAACCGCAUCAUCACCAUCGCCACCACCAUCAUCAUAGACAUCACAACCACAAUCACAAUCACAACCACAACCACCAUCAUCAGGAUCAGCAACCAGAUGGCGAUCAGCCGGAUAUGCAGCUGAUCGAGCGCACUCAAAACGGAAAAGUUGGUCGUAAUGGAUAUGCUGGCUUUGGUAAUGCAGAAGUAUGAAAAGGAAGUCUAUGUGAAUGGCAACUUCUAUAGAUUUUGGAAAUUUUUGCGCUUAUUAGUAGAAUGUUUUAUCAAAUUUUAUCGUAAUUAAAAACGAAUUAUUUAUCUACCUCUCCACUAUUGCAAAUCCCAACUUACCCACAUAAGUAUAUUUAAUUGUUAAUUCUUUUAAUGCUCUUUAUAACAGGAAAGUAUU